AGUUUCUGUAAGCUCACAGGAAACGUUAACAAUGGUUGCGUGGGGCUGGAUGAAGGAUGUGUUUAAUUACGAGUCCCCAAAACUGAUCCGUUUUCCGAGUGUUGGACUUGUGUGUGUGAAGUGGUUCAUUUAUGGAGUUAUUGCCGUGUAUAUUUGUUACACACUCAUUGUUCACAAGCGCUAUCAAGAGAAAGAAGAACUUACCAGCUCAGUUCGCGUUACCCUGAAAGGAGUGGCUCGUGUAGACAGGAUCUGGGAUGCAGCAGAAUACACCAUACCAACGCAGACAAGAGACUCUUUUUUUGUGAUGACCAACAUCAUUCGGACAGAAAAUCAGAUUCAAAAGACUUGCCCUGAGUAUCCCACUGCCAAAGCUAUCUGCUCUUCAGAUAAGUCCUGUGCAAAAGGGAUUGUAGAUGUCCACAGUAAUGGAGUUCAAACUGGAAAAUGUGUGCAUUAUAACAUAACUCAUAAAACAUGUGAGAUCAAGGCAUGGUGCCCUGUUCAAGGGGAAGAAAGACCCCCCGUGCCAGCUGUUCUGAGGAGUUCUGAAGACUUCACAGUGUUUAUAAAGAACAACAUUCACUUCCCCACAUUUAAUUACACCGUACAAAAUAUUUCACCCAAAUUGAACACUUCCUGCAAAUUCAACAAGGUAACCGCCCCACUCUGUCCAAUAUUCCGCCUGGGAGAUAUCCUUCAGGAAGCAAAAGAAAACUUCUCUGAGAUGGCAGUCAAGGGAGGAAUCAUUGCCAUUGAGAUUAAAUGGGACUGUGACUUAGACAGUUGGUCUUACUACUGCAGUCCUGAGUAUAGCUUCCGCCGCCUGGAUGACAAAACAAGAACCCAAUACCCUGGAUUCAGCAUCAGGUUUGCAAGGCACUAUAAGCUACCAGAUGGGACAGAGCAGAGAACUCUUUUCAAAGCCUAUGGAAUACGGUUUGAUGUCCUUGUGUUCGGCAUGGGUGGACAAUUUAAACUCAUCGAACUGUUUACAUUCAUUGGGUCCACGAUCGCCUAUUUUGGUUUGGCUGUGACUAUUAUAGAAAUGUGUUUUCAUUUAUACAAUUGCUCCAGCUGCUGCAAAAUACAAGUAUGUGAAAAUGUAAUCAGGAAGAAGUAUGAGACUGUGCUGAUGCCAGAACAGGUGAUACUUGUGUCCUAUGUCGAUAAGCCACACAUUACUUUGAUAAAGAUGCCUCUGAGAACAAGCUUGCAGAAUGCUGAGGGCAGCAUUUUUGAGGACCACCCUGUGAAAUCCUAUGAUCCUCGCACCUGCUGCAGCCACAAGUCCAACGAGAAGCACGGCGCUGCACAGUCUGAGCUCAGGCCGCUCACACAAAGCAGCUCAUCCACAAACUGCCCCAAGUGGUGCUGCUGUGGCCGAUGCCAGGUGGCACAGAAGCACCACGAGCAGCUCUGCUGCCGAAAAAAAGAGGGGCAGUGCAUCACAACCACCUACUGGUUUGCACAGCUGGUGUUGUCCAGGGACACUCUGAACAAAGCCCUUCUCUAUGAAGACCCCUUUCUGGACCUGACGGGUCACAGUUCCAACAGCCAGCUGCGUCGCAUUGCUUACAAGCAGUACAUUCACUGGCGCUUUGGCUCUUUUGAGCUGGAGGACAGAGCCAUCAUCCCAAGCUGCUGCAGGAGGCUGAUAAGAAGCACUUAUCCCAAAGAAAACGGCAACUAUACUGGUUUUAAUUUGGAAUGAGGAUGCAGCUUGCCUUGGCUCAUACUGUGAAUUUUUAACCUCUUUCUUUUAUGUACCUACAGAAGAAGAAAAAGCAUAUGACUUCCCAAGAUUGGAGAGGGACUAUCGCCUACUGCUUGGCUUAGAGGUGUGCCUUGAGCUAAAGUGCUUUCUUCUGCCUUUGGUCUGGAAUUGUAGCCUCUGGGGGUGAAUUCUUAGUGCUACGUUUUAGUGAGAAGUUCCAGCCCUUUGCCUUUGCUUUGGCGUGUACCAAAGUUCCGGAUGAAUCAGGAGAUGAGCAACACCCUGAAAAUAAGGUAGAGUUAAGGAGUUCUCAAUGCAUCACCCCUGAAAGAAGUCCAAGAGAUACCACUUGGAAAUGCCAUCCUCUGUGUUUCUAUCCCCUUGCCUCAUCACUGUGCUGUGGCCCUGGAUCAGGGCUAAUAGAAAGAGGCCGCUGUGCUUGUAUAUUUGUAACCCACUGCUAAAGGCCCCAUAGUCCAUCCAGAUUAAACAGGCUUAUUGUAGAUUUCAGUGACAUGGAGCGCUUUCUGAAAAGCCCAGCUGUUCUCUCUGCAUUCGUUCUUCUCUCUUAAAUGGGGAAUUACCAUGUAAAGUACUUACACCAUCUUUGUGUAAUAUUUUCAGGCAUUUCAUUCAUAUUCAUUGAAUUUUAAUGCUAAGUCUUUGGCCUCCUGUUUGCUCUUAGCUUCAAGCAGGCCUCGCCUCCUACUCCUCCACCUACAGACCCCAGCGCAGCGCAGGUUGCUUUUUGCAGUGAUGCAUAAGGCCACAGUGCAGCCCAGGAGCACCACAUUCAGGGUGGUUUCAUCUGUGCUCCAACACCUUUCCAGUUCUUUCCUUUUGCUGCCCUUGGACGUGUCGUGUUGUUGUAGAAACAAGGCGAGAUGGAUUGUCAUGUAUACCUUCCACACCCCUUUCAGCUGAGCUUUGUUCUUUCUGAGCCACACCAGCAGUUUGCCAUUUCAGUUUCCUAUGUGUAUUUUUUAAAUAAAAUGCCUUUAGAUGAUGGAAGCCA